AUGGCUGAUCCUUCAUCGACUUCGUAUCCUACCGAGCCUCGACGUAGCCAUAGCCAUAGCCUGGGCAAGACCCGCACACACAUCCAGGGCGCGUCCUCCAAGCCCCACCGUCAAGCCUGGCCUGCUGGCGUCCGCACGCCGAGGCCUCCCGUCAAGAUGGUCCGCAUCCCCGCCCUGCCGCUCCGUCUAGACGGCUACGAGGGAUGGACGCCCGACUCUCCGCAUCCAAGCAUCGCAAAGGUCCGCGACACCAUCUCCACAGACGACAUGUGGACCCACUUUAUCAGCCAGCGCCGCCCCGUCGUCAUCGACGGCCUGCUCAAAGACCCAGACUGGAAGGCCGCCAAGUGGACCGACCUCGACUAUCUCAAGUCGGCUGCAGGCCAUGCACCCGUCAAGAUCGAGCCCAUCCAUCCCGCCGCAGGCCACUUUGGCACCUCGGUCAAGAGGAAAAAGGUCAAGUUUGCAUCCUUCCUCGACAUGCUCCAAGACCCUUCCGACCAAGGCAAAUGGUACCUCACUACACAAUACGUCGACGAGACAGAGCAUCCAAACAACGCCGCCCACUCAGCUGCGUCGGCCUCAAACAAUCCAGCUGCCAACGACCCAGAUUCCGACGACAGCGAUAACGAGCCCGAGCUCGAUCCCGUCUUGCCCUCGCCAACCGACGCGCUUUCCAACGACUUCCCCGCCAGACCCGCCCUGCUCGGCAAUCUCGUCCUUCAGCAGUGCAACCUCUGGCUCGGAAACAGCAAAGAGGGAAAGAGCAGCGGCCUCCACCACGAUUUCCACGACAACCUUUACAUCCUCUUGUCCGGAUACAAGCGCUUCUUGCUCUUUCCACCCUCCGCACAUCGCUACUUGCAUCCACGCGGCCUCGUCGACAGAGUCCACCCCAACGGCCUCAUCGUCUAUGCUCCUCCUGGCGAGCUCCCCUCUUACAUACCCGGCCGUCGCCGGCCACAGCUGCCCAUCCGUGCAGAUGGUCUCGUCCCUUCCGAUGCCGCAAGGUGGCGCAGAAACGCUCGCCUUCGCAUCAAGCGCGACAUCGACGAGCGCGCCGCUGCCGACGCAGGAGAGGGGUCUCGCAGCAGAAGCCAGCGCAAAGGAAAGGCAAAACAGACCCGCGCCCAAGAGCUCGCCGAGGAGGCCCUCCUCCAGGCAGAGGCAGAGCUCCGCAUCUGCGAGAUGGAUGAAGACGGCAUCGAUCCUGAAGCAGACACCUCCGACGACGCCUACGACGACGAACAAGACGGAGAUGACGAUAGCGACGACCAGGCCGACUUGAACGGACUCCUUGGCAUCUUUGCCGAUCCCGAUGAUAAUCAAACUGGCCAGUCCUCGGAAGAAGAAGACGAAAGCGCCACCGACGCCGAGGACAGCGAUGAAGAACACCAAGUCCAGAUUCGCAGACUCCUCGACUCCUUACCCGACGCCAUGAAACCAAUCGCAAUGGCUUCCUUAGCUGGCGACCAGGCUGCCUAUCACAAAUUGCACGACUACCUCGCACGCAUCGCCUCACCCGCUGACUCUCCGCCCGCUGACUCUCCGCCCGACUCGCGGCAAGAGCCAGGCAGCUCGGAUCCGGAAUCCGACGACCAGCAUGACGACGCCUCAUCGGACCGAGACUCUGCGCACCAGCCAUCAGCACUGCGCGUCCCCUCCAACGGUGUCAACAAGCGCAAACAAGCUUCGCCAUCCGAUGACGAGACAUCCAGCAACCACCAAGAUAGCGAUGCUUCGGAUGACAUCCCCAAACAUGCCCGCGCUAACACCGCAAAACGCGUAAAGAUAUCCCAAUGCGUCGCCAGCAUCGACGCCGAGCAGGCUCAAUCGGACUUCAGCCAGAGCGAGGACCAAGACAGCGACGGUCGUGACCCAUCCCUGAGCGGUGAAGCGACAAGUGACGGCGACGAUGACGAUGACGACGACGACGAGGAAUCCGCCUUUUUCGCCGGCGCAGAGUCCUCAUCCGAGUUUGGAGACGUCGACGAGGGGGAGGCCGAGCUCGAGCGCCUCCUCGCACUUGCCGAGGGCGGCGAUCCUGAAUCCGACGAGGAUGGCACGGCCGAAGACGACGAUGACGAACCACAGAGCUUUUCGCGCAUCCCCCCGCACGAGCUGCACAGGGUCCUCAACGUGCCAGAUGACCCCUCCAACCCAGCCAUCCCCAAGAACGGCGCGCCCAAGCCUGGUCUCAAGAACGGUGCUCAACCGGAACGUUUCACCAUUCUGCCCGGCUGUCCGCCCCCGAUCGAGGUAUUCCUCAAGCCAGGUCAGAUGCUCUACCUACCCGCCAGCUGGUACCACGAGGUCACCUCCUCCUCGUCCCCUCCCGUCCACGAACGGGCUGCAGCCACUGGCAGCACAGCGGAACCGAGCAAAGUCCACAUGGCGCUCAACUACUGGUUCCAUCCGCCCGACGCUCUCAACUUCGAACCCGUCGAACCCAAGCUUGCCCAGGGCCGCGCUUCAGACGAAGCCGUCGUACCCGGUCUCGGCGUGGCGCUCGGCGAAAGCGCCUUGGAGAACAGAGGCAGUGGCACCGGCACCCACGAGAGACCCUACCGCGAUGCAGAGGUCUGGGACGAGGUCGCCCGUGCCGUCGAGCAGCAGGUCAAACUCGCCCGCGAUCGAGCCAGGUGA